CGAGUAUUAUAUCAAUUUGAGGCUCAGUUAGACAGCCAGAUCUCACUGAAACCAGAUGAAAUCGUAUCUGUGAUGGAGAAAGCUGAGAAUGGUUGGUUUCGUGGAGAAGUUCUAGGAAAAUCAGGCUGGUUUCCUUCUAGUUACGUCGAAGAAAUAGAA